AUGGCGGCCGCCGGGUCUCCGCUUCCUCCGUUACCUGCCGCCUUUAAAGCGGUACAACACCACCUGAAGACCGCCACGGACCACGAAAAGCGAGAUCCAGUCAUCGCAUACUAUUGCCGUCUGUACUCGAUGCAGACUGCCAUGGCGAUCGACAGUAAGAGUAACGACUGUCGCGGCUUCCUGAUCAAACUUAUGGACCUGCUGGAGCAGAUGAAGACCCAGCUGCAGGGAACGGACGCGAUCACAAACGAGGUUGUCGGACAGGCGCACGUGGAGAACUACGCACUGAGGCUGUUCUCAUUUGCUGACAACAACGACAGGGCAGGAACCUUCAACAAAACCGUGGUGAAGUCGUUCUACACAGCUAGCUUGUUGUUUGACGUACUGCAGGUGUUUGGAGAAAUCAGUGAGGAUCUGUUAAAACACAGGAAGUAUGCGCGCUGGAAGUCUGCGUAUAUUCACGACUGUCUACGGAAGGGAGAGACACCGAUAGCGGGGCCGUUCGGUGGGGAGGAGGGCGGAGUUGAAGCGCCUCCACCAAUGGGCUUCAAGGACUUGCCUCCGCAGCAACCAGGUGUCAAUCAGUUUCCCCCUCCAGCCAAUCAGGUUCCUCCUGGUGCUCAUGCUCCGCCCACCACUCCUGCGGAGACCCCGAGUGACGUCGUUCCGUCUCAACCGGCUGCCGUUUCAUACGACAACUAUCUACAACCCACAGCAUCCGGUGGCGUCUCCCUAACCCCAGACGAGAUGAACAAGGCCUCCAAGAUGUGCCGCUAUGCAAUCAGCGCCCUGCAGUACGAGGACGUCCCCACCGCUGUAGACAACCUGCAGAAGGCCCUCAGGCUACUCACCACUGGGAAGGAGAGCUGAGACAGCCCUGGGGAGGAGAACUGAGCCCGGGAAGGAGCUCUGAGCUCAGUACUCUGGGAAAGAGAACUGAGCUCAGAACUGUUGACUCUGGGAAAGAGAGCUAAGCUCAGAACUCUGACUCUGGGGAAAGAGAACUAAGCUCAGAACUCUGACUCUGGGGAAGAGAACUAAGCUCAGAACUCUGACUCUGGGAAAGAGAACUAAGCUCAGAACUCUGACUCUGGGAAAGAGAACUCAGAACUCUGACCUUUGCAAACAGAAAUGGGCUCAAAGCUUUUAUCGUAGGAAAAUUUAAAGUAAAACUGACUCUAAAGAGGAGAGCUGAGCUUCAGAAUCUAGCCUGGUUUCAACACCUUUUCAUCACAGUCUCUUUCAGCAGUUUGAUGCUGAAAGUUAUUGAUACAAGGCUACUCCCACUCUGGAAAAGAGAAUCAGACAUUCUAGAUGCAUGUCUAGUUUUGCUUAGUCAGAUUAGAGCUUGACAGUAAAUUUCCUGCUUACUCUACCCAGUAUGUUAAAUGGGGGGAGGGGGGCGUAUGUACAGUAAAGCACUGUAGCAACAGUUGUUUUGUCCACUGGGGUUUUCUAUCCAUGCGAAUUAAGGAGCCAAAACUGGAGCUUCUGGUUCCCCCUUGUGAAUUAUGUAUAUAUAAGAAUGUACCAUGUAAGAUAACAUAGUGGAAAAAGGGGAUGUUAUGUAAUGUAGUUAAGGCUCAGGCUGAUGUAGGAAUAUUGUUUUGCUCUGCUAAAACUUUAAUCAAUUGAAAAACUUUCUUAUUAAACAUAUUAGCUAUAACUUUCGAUUAAACCUUCUUGCAAAUAUUUUA